AUGGAUGAAACCUCACUUAGGAAAAUCCAAGAGGAACAAGCACAAGAAGCCAGCAGUCUACCAGACUCCUUAUUCUUCCAAGCACAAACAACUCAAGACAGAGACCCCUGUUCCAAAAUUCUGGGAAAUGGGGUGGAUAAAAAAGCUCCUGUCUUUUCCAUUUGCACUCCUUGGAAUGCUAGUGACAUUAUACAUGCUCCAUCCGCUGGCUCUCUGUCUUGUCAAUGGCAUUCCAAGCUUGAAUCCAAUUUCUGUCAAGCCACAAACCUCCUCGUGGAUCCUUCCAAAAUUAGAGUUUCCAAGGGGGGAGAAGACGUCAAGCAGGUACUGGGACGACCUGAAGCUGACGAACUACCCAAAUAUAGAGCCGGGGCGCUUCAAUUGAGCCAAUGCAAUCUACUCCAUUCCGAUUCAACCCACAUAAACACGGCGGCUCUGCCGUAUCAUUUGUUCGACAUGGUCAAAAGUGUACGAGAAGGAAUUCCACAUUCCCAUUGCACCGUCUACGAAGAACGGACCACUCUGAUUGUCACACGAUACGAAUAUGCCAAUCUCUAUCAUACAUACACCGAUUGGUACAGUGCCUACCAAGCCGCCAUGAUUGCACUGCAGGGCAACAGCACGGCUAUGGAACAACUCCAUAUUGUCUUUUUCGAUGGACACGCUCACGCACAAGUCGACAUGGGAUGGCAGCUAUUGUUUCCAAAUGCCACGGUCACGUACAUUUCACAUUACAAUGAACAUGCCUGCUUUCGACGGGUCAUUUUAGUACCGCCCGGGUACAUUGCACCCACGUCCUUGACCGUCACCGAGGAACACGGGGAAUGCGAGAAAAACAAAUGGACCAGACGGUUCCGACAAAUGUUCGUCACCAAUUCCAUACGACAAUACAGGAUACAACAACAACAACAACAACACAAUCCACAACAAGAUUCCAAUAUUGUAAAGAGACCCUCCUCCCAAACAAAGAGCAUACGGCAAAUAAAGAAUCAGAACAGCAACAAGGGUACUACUGCGCUCCAAAUAAUGCUGCUCUCACGAGCCAACUACCAAGCGCACCCUCGUAUGAAUGGCAAGGUGACUCGCGUCAUUCGAAACGAGCCAGAGGUCUUGCACUUUCUACAACACUACAAGGGUCCUGAUCCACCUAUUGGUGGCUUGUCCAAGGAUAACUAUCCCACCAACACACAUGUCAAACGGGUCGUGCUGGAAGACCACACCGUGGCUGAACAAAUUCUCCUCUUUCAACAAGCCGACAUUAUCAUUGGGAUGCACGGGGCCGGGCUCUCGCACAUUUUGGUGGCACGGCCCGGCACCAUGCUACUCGAAAUACGACCUCCCGGAUUUCAAGAACUGCCGCAUUUUCGAUAUCUGGCACACUUGGCGGGAUGUCUGCAUCAACCACAUGACUUGCAAACAGAAGAUGAAGCCGAGGAUCCCUAUCCAAUCUCCAUUCCCGCAUUCGAACAGGCAUUUGCGGACAGUGUGGCACAGUUUCUAGAAUUCAAUUCCAAACAACUAAAUAACAACUUGCCGUAA